UCCGCGUCCAAUCUCCAUAUUAUCUCCGGGCCAGCUGCACUGCUCGGCCAGCAAUUAAUGGUAGGCGCGUUGGAACCUGUCUGCAGAUGUCGCCAGAUCCAUUCCAGUCAUCUUUUUUUUUUUCACAACGCCUGAUCAAUCAGUGCAAGAACGCAGUGACUAGCAAAAGGCUUGUGAGCAAGAGCUGGGAGGAGUCCAGGCGGCUAUGGCACGUCGCCUUCCCGGUGAUCCUCACCGAGGUGUUCCAGUUCUCCAUCGGAUUCGUCACCACCGGCUUCGUCGGGCACCUCGGGGAAGUCGAGCUCGCCGCGGUCACCGUCGUGGAGAACAUCUUGGAGAACUUUGCCUUCGGAGUCCUGUUUGGCAUGGGCAGCGCGCUGGACACGCUGUGCGGCCAGGCCGUCGGCGCCGGGCAGCUGGACAUGCUGGGCAUCUACACGCAGCAGUCGUGGAUCGUCUGCGGCGCCACCGCUCUGGCGCUCACGCCGGCGUACGCCUUCACCGCGCCGAUCCUGAAAUCGCUCCUCCGCCAGCCUCCCGACGUCUCGGACGUCGCCGGGCCGUACGCCCGGUGGGCGAUCCCGCGACUGUUCGCCCACGCUAUGAACUACCCGCUCCUUAAGUUCUUUCAGACCCAGAGCAAGGUAUGGCCCGUGACGGCCAUCUCCGGCGUGUCACUCGCCGUGCACGUCGUGCUCACCUACGUCGCCGUGAGGCGGCUGGAGUAUGGCCUGCGUGGGGCGGCCGUUGCUGGGAACAUCUCCCACUGGCUCAUCGUUGCUGCGCAGUUCGUCUACAUGGUACGCGGCCGUUUCCCUGACGCGUGGAAGGGGUUCUCCAUUCGUGCGUUCAAGAACCUUGCCGCUUUCGUCAAACUGUCGCUAGUGUCGGCCGUCAUGAUCUGCUUGGAGGUUUGGUAUUACACGGCACUGCUCAUUCUUGUGGGUCUCCUUAAGAAUGCUAAACUGCAACUCGAUAUCAUGUCAGUUUGCAUCAACUAUGAGUUCUGGACCAUGAUGGUUGCACUGGGAUUCAGCACAGCAAUCAGCGUGAGGGUGUCGAACGAGCUGGGCGCAAACAGGCCAAAGGAUGCACAGUUCGCGGUGGUCGUGGCAGUAUCAACAUCCGCCUUCAUUGGGGCAAUCUUCCUGGCCAUCUUCUUCAUUUGGCGGACAAGCUUGCCAAAGCUCUUCAGUGACAGCGAAGAGGUGGUACAGGGAGCUUCAAGAUUGGGGUAUGUUCUCGCUGUGACCGUCUUCUUGAGCAGCAUCUGGCCUCUGCUAUCAGGUGUGGCAGUAGGAUCAGGGUUGCAAGUGUUUGUUGCGUUCAUAAACGUCGGUUGUUACUAUUUAGUGGGCAUUCCAUUGGGGGUCCUGUUUGGUUUCAAGCUAAAACUUGGUCCAUUGGGAAUAUGGAUGGGCAUGUUGACAGGCACGUUACUCCAGAUAGUUAUACUUCUUUUCAUUAUCGUCAGAAUGAAGUGGGAGAGACAGGCCAUGCUGGCAGAAGCAAGGAUUACAGAGUGGGGAGGAAAGAAUGAAGACCACGAAAUGAUGUCAUCUACAAAUACAAGUGGUCAGAUCGCUACUGCAAAUGGGGAAGCUUAUGUGCAAGCAAGUCAGAAAAAUAGAGAAUUAGUGUGUACGGAUUGAUCUUAGAAAAUAGUUUCUUAACUAGGUUACUUUUCAUUGUUUACUUAGAUGAUAUCAAUGUGUAUCUAAAGCUAGUGACGGAUUCAGAGCUAAAAAUUAAGGAGCUCAACUUCUUUUUCUUUUUUUUCCUUUCUCUUUUUUUCUGUUCUUCCUACUCUAUGCCUAAAAAUUGUAACUAAGGCUUGAUGGGCUCUCCAAGUGUUUCUAGUGGAUCUGCCCAUGGAUGAGGCAUAUAUUUCUGUUCAAAUGAGGAAUUAGUGACAC